ACAUACAAAUAAUAAAAAUAAAAUAAACAAGGAAGAAAGUGUUGAGAAUGUUAUGCAAACAUGGCCAGCUCGACGUUUAUUUGUUGGAAGAAGUUGUCUUCUUCCCAAACCCAUUUUGUAUUUUCUGGUUGGGUUAUUAAGGAUGAAACAAACAUCAUCAAUCUUUAAUUUGGUUAGAAAAUAAAAAUAAAAAUUGUUGUUGAGAAAUGAAAGGAAGGGCCUACGUCAUGAUCUUCUUCUUCUGGGCUCUUCUCACCAUUAUCACCCCAAUGCUUAUUAGCUGGUCUCAAUCUCUCAAAAACCUUCCAACACUCUCUGAUGAUCAAGAAAAAAAAAUCAAGGAAUCUAGUCCAAGGCGGAUGAUGGGAUAUACAGAAGAAAUGCAUUUGGCACAAGAGUUUGUUAGUCGCGUAGAAGAAGAGAAGUUGGUAAUGGAGCCUUCGAUGGCGCCAACGCCUGAAGAUAAGCCUGUUAUGCCUUCACUAUCUUUUGCGCGAUUAGAACAACAUGAAGGAUUAGUCGCUAAAGAUGCACAUCCCAUGAGUUUGCGACAAUUUUAAAGAGAUUCUUUCUUUGUUUGUUUAUAUCGGAGAUUAUCUAAAUUAUCUUCUUUAAUCAAGUAAGUGUUCAUAAGGUUUUUUUCGUACCUUUUCGAUUAUAUGAAGCCUAAUGCUGGCGAGAGAAGCUCUUGUAAAUAUGUAAAAUUGUCAUCCUUUCGA